AUGGUGUAUUGUGCAUAUUGCGGAAAGAGCUUUACGCGCAAGGAGCAUCUGGAGAGGCAUAUUCCAAGUCACACAAACGUAAAACCGCACAGAUGCAGCGCGUGCCAACUGUCUUUCGCCCGAAGAGACUUAUUACAAAGGCAUCACUCUACAUAUCAUGAGGCACGAGAUCCUAUGGAACCUCUGCCGGGUGGUGUUCCUACUAUAGCAGGACGAACACCCAUUGCGUGUCUUAACUGCGCACAAGCUAAGACGGGCUGCGACAAGAGAGUUCCAUGUGCACGAUGCGCUGACAAGAAUCUCGAAUGUCAAGCCAGAUUUGCGAGGCGUUCUUCGAAAGCCGCCUUGAGGGCAGCGCAAGCAACAGCUGCUAUGAGCAGUACUCAGAACCAGAUCACGAUACCACCGCAACCUUCAAUAACAACCACAGCCACGACGGUCAACCCGGAUCCGCUAAUAAAAACCUCUGGCUCUGAGUCACCCGAAAACACCUGUAAUGCUACGACAAUCGACCCGCGAAUACAACAACAUGAGAACCCCGUCAAGAAAGACUCCCCGGCGAACUCUCAAAUGAGCUCCGACGAAUUCCCAUCUCCUCACCCAAGAGUAGAAAGUUUUGACCCAAGAGUAGAGAGUUUUGACGACUUAUUCAACCUCAGCAGCAAUUAUAUAUCAGAAGAACCGAGUUAUCAAGACAUGCUGACCUGGACUGAAUACCCCUUAGACCUCGACAUGUAUGCCGAUAAUAUGGAUAAUAUGGAUCUCACUCAAGCCAACGUCGCACUGUCCACUUUCAAGGAACCUAGCGAUAUUUCAUCUAAUUCGGAACAUAUAAGCUCCUCCAGAGGCUCUAUACACACGAGAAGCACCAGCAUAAUGUCUACGUGCGACCUUGAGUCCACUAUCAAAUCAGUUGAUAUGACCUUGAAUACCCCCACCGAUACCACGAUACGCGAAUUUCAAAGUGUCAUCGUGGCUGAGUCUGCAUGGCCCCUGGCUCGGUGUAAUCCACUUACAUACUCGAAUACGUGUCCGAGAACAGCUAUCGUUCACUUAGAAUGCUUGGAACAAAAGUCACGACAAGAAGGCACCUGGAGUGCCUUGGAGCAAUAUCUAGAGCAAGUCGACUGGGACGCAGCCGACAUGGCUUCGGUCAUCCCUAUGACAUCUCGCACUCGUGAUAACAUGCUCGCGAUAACGCAGACGUUCCUGCACAAGGCCCUUGAAAUUCAUCGCGGAGGACUUAAUAGCCCAGCCAAGAGUUAUACAGCUCCAAGGUUAAUAAGCUUCUUAAUUCUUCCUCCUACAAAAGUCCUGGAAUAUUUCCUCCGCUCGUACGUUCGAAAUCUAUCGUUUUUCUACUCGUUGGUUUCGGCCGGCUGCGUAGACCCUAACGAGAUGCUCCAGAAUAACCAGGCGGCAGCUCUUCUUGUCCUACUGAUGAUUGCGCAGGGUGCUUCUGCUGUCCCCACGGCAGAAGCAAGGGCUCUUUCGGCUGGCCUAAUUGAGACUUGCCGCAUCUCGCUUUUCGACAUUAUCGAGAAGGACAUCGAGAUGUGCGCCGACCCCACCACGCUUCGAUGCGCCCUGCUCUUUACGCUCCUCGGAGCCUGGAGCGGAGAUAAGUGGCUUAUGGACAUUGCCAUGGGCCAACGCGGCAUGUAUAUCUCGAUGCUAAAGCACGCCGGAAUGUUCGAACCUCAGCCGUCCAUGAUGCGCACGUUUAAUAGCUCCGCCACUGUCGAGCUCCAAUGGCGUGAAUGGCUACACCGAGAAUCCCAAAAUAGGCUCGUGUAUAAUUUUGUCAUGGUGGACCAAGAACUUAGUUUGUUCCAUGAUACGGCGCCAAUGUUGUCAACCAGCGAGCUCUGCACCCCCUUACCUUGUCCCGACUUACUAUGGACGUCGGCCAACGCUGACCAAUGGUACGCUGCUGCACAACGUAUCUACGGCUACACUGCAAACGUCAAUCCUCAGCUUCUUAGCACAGCCCCUCCGGUCAGCCCCUCACUCCAUGAUCUGUUCCAGGAUCUACUGGAUGAUAAACUGUCAAGAAGGCUGGACACAAGAAGGCCGGACAGCAGAAGGCAGGAUAGUCUGACGCCACAUCAGUUGCGGCUUUUGCUACAUCCCAUCCAGUCCUGCCUAUACCACAUCACACAGAUGCUGUCAUGCUUCUCGGAUGGCAUGGGUACAAUAAGUAUAGGUAAUAGGAUUGGCAUAAAAUCAUCGUUCGAAUCCCGUCGCGACGAAUUUCAGGUACUGCUCCAAAAGUGGUACGAGCUGACGAUUACCUACUACAAUGCGAACCCGACGUGUGCAAUCAGCAAGACUAAUCUAGUGCUCUUCCACUUAAUCUCUCUCAACGCGAUUACAAAUUUCCUGGAAAUAGAGAGGAUGGCUCGGCGCGAAAAAGUCGACGGGUGUUAUUGGGUGCAGUCCCCGCGCCCCAAGCCCUGCCACAGGCCCUGCAUAUCUCAUCGCGAAGAGGCUAUUUUUCAUUGCGGUCAGGUAUUCCGGCUGAUACGGUCGAUCCCGCGGGACCGGCGGCCCAGCUGGUGGAGCGCGGGGAUCUACCGCGCGACGCUGAUCCUCUGGACAGACACCAUGUUGCGGCUCGACCCCAACUUCCAGAAACAUGAAGGGUUGGGGCCCCCCGUUCCCAUCGACCAAGUGACGCCCGAGGACCCCGCCGUUAUCACCUACCUGUGGACCGGCGACGGCGUACCGGUACUAACACACCAACGCGACGGCACACACACCAACCUCGAGAAGCCGGGCGACGUACUUGAAUACGCCGUCCAGACCCUCGAUGAUGGCGUUAGUUCCCGGUUUACCGACGGUAUCAGGCGGAAACUCGUGAUGCUGAACAGUCGCUGGCAAGCGGACGGCCGUACCGGUGCGGGUGUUACCGUUCAGGUGCCUACAACAAGCGUAUGUGAACACGGCUAG